GGAUAAAAAUAUAUUCAAUUAAAAAUAAAUGUUUUCUGUGACAGUGAAAUAAAAUAUUUUGUAUACAUACAGUAUAAUUUAACCAACUAUUGAUUAGUUUGGAGUCCAAAUAUCAUUCGUCUUCUGAUUAUGUUAGAGCUUGCAACCUGCAAUUAUAUUUUAGUUUUUAUAUAAAUUUUAGAUAAUCAUGGAGCAAAAUAUAGUGGUUAAGACAGAAGUUCAACCUAAUGGAGACAUACUUUUAUUCUAUGUUGACGAACAUAACGGAGAUCCAAGUGCUCUAGAAUGUGACCAAGCCAAUGGACAUGUGCUAACAGAUUCGUAUAUGGUUGAAGAUUUUGUUGAUGAGGAUUCCCCCGAUGAGUUUGAAAUAGCCCAAGCUACAGAGCAGGUUGCCAGAGAGAAAUGGCUGGAGGAUGAUAUAAAACGCCUUAUAACCUUCUUUAUAGAUAACAAAGAAACAUUUUUAAGUGGUACCACAAGGAAAAUACACCUAUGGGUUGUAGCAUGUAAAACUAUGUUAACAGAUAAAAGACCAAUCUCUUGUGAAGCCAAGCUCAACACUCUAAAAAAGAAAUAUGCACAGCUGUGUAUUGAUAAACAAAGAGGACAGUUUAUUACAUGGCCAUACUUUGAUCUUUGCCAUCAGGCUUUUCAUGAUGAUAGUUACGUCAAAAUGUGCCUCAGUGAAGCUGCUCGCGACACAGUUGUUGUCAACUUGCCAACUCAGAAUGUAUUAAAUCAAGAUGGUGUUUUUGUUGUUAAAAAAGUAAAUACUGAAAAUAAAGACGAAAGAGUUGAAGACAUGCUUGCUUUGUAUUUGAAAUACAAGAAAAUUUAUAAAAAAGGUCAUAAUACACCAAGGAGUAUGUGGGAAACAAUUGCAUUGGAGCUCGGACAUGAAGAUGCCGAGUAUUGGCAAAAACGUUUCCUAAAUUUCAAACAGCAUUAUAUAAGAAUGGUUUAUAAACGAAACGAAUGUGGUUCCGAGGCAAUCAACUGGCCUUACCUCACGUAUUUUGACCAAAUAUAUGCUGAUGACAUUGACUUUCAACAAAAGUUUUGUCAACCAGAAGAUAACAAACUUGAUGUGACCGUAGUUAUAGAAAGUUCUGAGAAACUGUGGAAUGAUAUGGAAAAGACAUUUCUAGUUAAAUAUUGUUUUGAUUGCUUCAACGAAUUCCAAGAUCGUACAAUACCAAAGAAGUUUCUAUGGAAAGAAGUGGGUAGAUUAAUUGAUAAAGCCCCAGAGGCAUGUAGUCAAAAGUACGAUGAGCUUAAGAAUGAACAUUUGAGUAAACUCUUAGAAGAAGGAUAUAACUUGUAUGAAAGACAACCUAUAGCUAUACUUUUCGAUAACAUUAUAGCUAGGGAAGUCGAAAUUGAACUAGAGAAGGGAGCUGUGACCUCAGAAGAAUGGAAGCCAGAACAAAUAGAUGAAUUCGUACAUUACAUAUACAAUAACAGUAAUAUGAUAAAAGAUUCUGUCUGUUAUUACGUAUGUUGGGCAGUACUGGCAAAGAAAUUUGAAAAGAGCAUUCCCUCAUGUAAAGAGCAAUGGGAUGAAUUGACAUCUAUAUAUCGGUCAGCUUUGGACGAUAAAAAGGAAUAUCCCGAUAUGCAACUCAAAUGGAGGUAUAUGGACUUGUUUGAUAGAAUAUUCGAUUACGGCAUGGAUUCUAAGCUAUUUCUUGGAUAUAAAAAGACACAAGAUAAUACUGUGGUUAAUAAACCUAUGACAUUUGGAGCUAAAAGAAUAAACAUCAAAAGCAAGUUGAUCGAGAACGGACAGAUAUCCGAAGACGAGGAAACAUACGACGAAAGAGGUUUCAUCAAGCGCACUAAAAAGACAAAUGGCGAUGUGAAAGCCUUCAAGAUACUUGAGUAUUUUUUCAAGAAUAAAGAUAAAUUCGCCUCUUCCCAAUACAAGAAACUGGCGCUAUGGGAAAUUGUUGCUAAACAAAUAGGGCUGUCUGCUACCGAAUGUGCUCAUCGAUUUCGGAAUUUCAAGCAGGUAUACACCGGAUACGUCCAGAGGGAAAUAAAUAAACCAGAGAAGCCCAUAAUAUGGCCAUACUACAGUUUAUGCAAAAAAGUAUUUGGGUACAGAGCCAUUAAAAAUAAGCUUAAAAACGGUAAAGUCGACUCGGAUGACGCCGAAGACUGGUCUGCGAAGGAGAUCAAACAAGUUAUCAACUAUUUUGCCAGAAAUUACUACAACUUUAUUGAUGAGGUUGAUGACAAAAGUAAAUGGGUGGAGUUAUCGCAGGAAUUGGGGAGAUCGACCACAAGUUGUUGCGACAAAUUCCUCGAAUUGAGAAAGUCGUAUAGAAAACUAAAAACUAUGAAGGCAAGGAAUCCAGACGUCAAGGUGUCGUGGAAGUAUUUCAACAUGAUGGAUGAUAUUUACCAGAAAGGUGUUCAGCAAAUAGAAGUUUUGGAGGACAUGGAUAUUGAUGACAUCGGUUAUGGAUAUGAUGUACUGACUCAGGAAGAUGACGAUUUUCAAUGUAUCAUCGUAAUGCCAGAUGGCGAGGAUAUAGAUAGCGCCCAAAUGUUACUACAAGACGAUACUCAGCAAGAAACAAAACAUGACACAGAUAUACGAACUGAAAACAAACGAAUCGUCACAAAGUGGAAUCGACGAAGCAAAACGCGUCUUCUCGGGCUCUAUUUAAAAUAUUUAAAAUCACAUAAAGACGAGGAAAUAAAUUUAACAGAAAUGUGGACAGAGAUUGCAUCCUCAAUGGAAGAGAAAACACCGAUAUCCUGCAAGAAGAUGUACCUUAAACUAAAAAAACUUCUUAACGAAAGCAAUAUUACAUCAUAUCACAGUUUGUUGGAGAAAAUCGUUGCUUUAAAACCAAAAUUCAAAAAAGCAACUUCUAAUCAAGAUUUAGAUUCGAUUAAGACUUUCAAAGAUGUGCAAAUUGACGAUCAAAAAGUAUGCAAUGCGCUGCUUUAUUACCUGCAGAAUCUCGAAGAUUUUGUCAGUCCGAAGUUUGAGAAGAAAUACCUAUGGACGGAACUUGCCAAGUUUAUAUCAGAACCUGUCAUUAAAGUUUUUAAUAAGAUCAACUAUUUGAAGGAAAAUUUUAAUAGUGAACUGUAUACCCCGUUCAGAGAUAUGCUCCAUGAGAUUAUUUCGAAAGAAAAUGCACUAAAAGAUGCAUUAUGUAACGACCUUCCUACUAUAGACGAAGAAGAUGUUGAAGAAACAUGGUCUGAUAUAGAAAUCGAACGUUUGCUAACUUGGUACUUGGCGCAUUUGGAUAAAUUCAAAAAUCCGAAAUUCGUGCGAAGUUACCUUUGGAUGGAGGCGUCGGACAUUUUGAAAAAGAGUCCAUUGGUUUGCUCGAAGAAGAUGUUGGAAAUAAGGUCCGAAUACCGGACAAUGGUUAAAGAGAGUCCAGAGACAUUGGACAGUUGGAAGUUUUAUAAUCUCUGCCAGCGUAUCUAUGGUACCGGGAAAAAGAGUACGAAUAGUUGAAAUAUUUAAAGCUAGCAACUUCCGAGUGUAAUUUCUUAUUUUCCCGCUGGAAAAAUAGCCAACUGGCAAAUUUCAUUAAAAUAAGCGGAUUUUGGUGGAAGACAGACCGACGAAAAGAAGCAAAAACGCAUCGUACAUUUUAGCAUGCGCUUUAAUAUGUAAUGUUAAGUAAGGAUUUUUAAUCUACAUCAUGAUAUUAAAUGUUUAAAGGUUCAUUUUGUGGCAACCACACGACAAGAUUUAUUUAUUUAUUAUAAAAGGCAUUUAUGUACCAAAACGGUUCGAGUAAAUUGUAAAUAUAAAAAAACUUAAAAGGCGGUACAGUAAAAUUAAAUGUAGCAUAUAAAUUAAAGUAAAAGUAAUACACAUAUUU